AGCCUUGCAAUUGCAAGCCCGAGAGGAGCAGCCGCCGCCGCCUUGGCUGCAGGAGGAGAGCAGAGAGGCUGCUUGGUGGAGUCUCCUUCUCCUUCUGCCCUGGUUCCCCCGCAAAGGAGCCCUCCUUCUGCUCCUGAUGGCAGCCCCGGGGGCCGCUUGGAGCUCCCGGGUCUUGCUGCUGGGGGCGGCGGGGAAAGGCAAGACCUCCUGCUCCUGCUGGGGCUUCAGGAGGGCGGCUAAUCCCUUUUGCACGCUGGCCCCGCACCAGCCCCGGCCCCAGCAGCAGCCCCCCAUGAAGGACUACCUCUGGAAGCGCCACAACGAGGCCAAAAAGGUGACCAAAGAUUUAGUUCCUUCAAUCAUGAGUAAUUUACUGAACCCAGAUGCUAUCUUUUCCAACAAUGAAAUGAGUCUUUCAGAUGUAGAAAUCUAUGGCUUUGAUUAUGACUACACAUUGGUCUUCUAUUCCAAACAUUUGCACACGUUGAUCUUUAAUGCUGCACGGGAUCUUUUGAUUAAUGAACAUCGGUAUCCUGCAGAAAUCCGGAAAUAUGACUAUGAUCCAAACUUUGCAAUAAGAGGGCUUCAUUAUGAUGUACAUCGGGCAGUGUUAAUGAAGAUUGAUGCUUUUCAUUACAUUCAGUUAGGAACAGUAUACAGAGGGUUGAGUGUUGUCCCAGAUGAUGAGGUCAUUGCCAUGUACGAUGGAUCCCAUGUCCCCUUGGAACAAAUGAGUGACUUCUAUGGAAAGAGUUCACAAGGUAACACCAUGAAACAGUUCAUGGAUAUCUUCUCCUUGCCUGAGAUGACACUCCUGUCUUGCGUGAAUGAGUACUUCCUGAAAAAUAACAUAGACUAUGAACCAGUUCAUCUCUACAAAGAUGUAAAGGAUUCAAUCAGAGAUGUCCACAUCAAGGGAAUAAUGUACCGUGCAAUUGAAGCAGAUAUUGAGAAAUAUGUUUGUUACGCGGAUCAAACACGUGCUGUACUAGCAAAGCUAGCAGAUCAUGGCAAAAAGAUGUUCCUCAUCACAAACAGUCCUAGCAGCUUUGUGGACAGAGGCAUGAGGUUCAUUGUUGGGAAAGACUGGAGGGAUCUCUUUGAUGUUGUCAUUGUCCAGGCUGACAAACCAAACUUCUUUAAUGAUAAGAGAAGACCUUUCCGUAAGGUAAAUGAAAGAGGUGUUUUGCUUUGGGACAAAAUCCAUGAAUUGCAGAAAGGCCAGAUUUAUAAACAGGGUAACUUAUAUGAGUUCCUGAAACUGACUGGUUGGAGGGGUUCCAAAGUCUUGUAUUUUGGUGAUCAUAUUUACAGUGAUCUUGCAGAUUUGACCCUAAAGCAUGGCUGGCGAACAGGUGCAAUUAUUCCAGAGUUACGAACAGAGAUUAAGAUCAUGAACACAGAGCGGUAUAUUCAGACCAUGACCUGGCUGCAAACUCUCACUGGAUUACUGGAACACAUGCAGGUUCACAAGGAUCCUGACUCUCAGCUGAUUUUACAGGAGUGGAAGAAGGAAAGAAAGGAAAUGAGGGAAAUGACCAGGAACUUCUUCAACUCUCAGUUUGGAAGCUUAUUCAGGACUGACCAGAACCCAACCUAUUUCUUAAGACGCUUGUCACGCUUUGCUGAUAUUUACAUGGCAUCCCUGAGCUGCCUUUUGAACUAUGACCAUGAUUACACCUUUUAUCCAAGGAGGACUCCUUUGCAGCAUGAACUCCCGACUUGGUCAGACCAACUGUGCACUGGAAAUAAUUUGGUCCCUCAAAUGCUGGUCAGAAAGUGUCUGAAGACAGCAAGCAAGACACAGGAAUGUUAAUUCACAAGAUGACCACAUUGGACAGGUUUUGUAGAUUGUAUGCAAUGAUAUUCAUACUAUACACACCAGUUUUUAAAAGUUAAUCUUAAAAAUUUCUUUGAUUUCAGAGUUUUUCCACUAAUGCAUAGCAGUUAUCACCAU